AUGUCCGAACUCGACUCCGCCGCAGAAAGGGGGCCUGAGUACAGUUACUUGCCACUGCCCACCGACUCACACCACAUCAGGCUCGCGACCUUGCAUCUGGGUAGUUCUGCAGAUGAGAUUAGGGUGACUCUAGAAGAACGACCCUUCGACGAACCCGACCCGCUAGUAUACGAGGCUCUGUCCUACGUCUGGGGCUCAGAAGCCGAUAAGAAGAGAAUCACGAUCAAUAAUGGCUCUCUGUCUAUCACUCGAAACCUAUAUGAGGCCUUGGGGUGCCUUCGUCAUCGCACAAAUCCCAGGGUUAUGUGGAUCGACGCCAUCUGCAUUGAUCAAAACAGCCUAGAAGAACGAGGUCAGCAGGUUGGAAGAAUGGGCGACGUAUAUCGACGGGCCAAGCGAGUGGUCGUUUGGCUGGGACCGGAAGCAGACGACAGCAGCCUUGCCAUCGAUUUGCUAGCGGACCUGGCAUCAAAGGUUCAUGUCGACUGGGUGACCCAGAGUAUGGUACCUACCCCUCUGGGAGAACAUGAGUCUCAUUUGGCGGAUCGCUACGAACCAUUACCUUACCGGCAGCGAGAGCUCGACGCGUUGAGUCAUCUCGUGUUCAGAGACUGGUUCGAGCGCCUGUGGGUGGUGCAAGAGGUCCUACUUGCGAACAUCGACACAGUUAUCGCGUGCGGGGAGAAGACGAUUCUCUGGACCUCGAUGCGCGAUGCUUUGUUAUGCAUCUUCUUAAAAUUUGUACAAUCAUCCCCAAAGAUGUUCGACCGCCUCGAGGUAGUGCGACGUUCCUUCGACCCAGCCGUGACCUGCGGCUUGGUGGACUUGAUCAAUUACACAAAAACACAGCACUGUUCAGAUCCAAGGGACAAGAUUUACACCCUGCUGGGUAUCGUGGAAAACUCGCUUGGAAUCACGCCCGAUUAUACGUUGACGAUCAAUCAGGUAUACGAGGACGUUGUUCGAGGCAGUCUAGCAACAGACGGAAACGGACAUCAAAUACGAGGUCCUCAGGCUAAUGCCGCCAGAUUUAUUGACGGCCAGGUACACAAAUGGGUGCAGCUUGCUGGAGGCUUUCUGCGGCGCGAUCGCCUGCACGACCUUCCUGCAUCAGGAUCCCCCAAGAUUUGGUGUGCCAACGAUGAAGAAGCCGUUUAUGGACGGUGCCCGUUCGAUUUUCCUUCGCGCAGAAGGUAA